UGACUGAAGUUCAUGGACGUACAUUUGGAGUUUGGACUCUUUUGACUUGCACCCUUUGCGUUCUUUGUGCGUUCAACCUCGGGAACAGGCCUAUAUAUCUAGCCACUUUCCUAUCAUUCGUCUAUGCUUUGGGCCAUUUUUUGACGGAGUAUCUGAUUUACCACACCAUGGCUAUUGGAAAUUUGACAACUGUCAGCAUUUUUGCAG